UCGGCGCCCUCGAAGCGGGCGCGAGGGUGUCUGCGCGUGAGUGUGUGUGUGUUUUGUGCGCGCCGGGUCCAGUGCGUUGGGAGCAGGGCGCGGGCCCUCCCCCGGAGCUCGGGGAAGACCUGGCGAGAUUUGGAGGAGGGGGCUGGUUGGGGUGGAGUGUGCGUGUGGCUGUGAGUGUGAGUGUGCGCGCCCGAGCGGCAGAGAAUCAGGAAGUCACAGCAGCGAAGCGCACACAGACAUGUUUGAUCGCCGUGACAUGACGCGCGCGAGGGAGGAAGCGGCGGCGGGGGCCCGGCCGCGGGACCCCGCGCAGGCCUAGGGCUUCGGCGGGGAGACCCGCUUCGGGUCGCCAGCUGCACAGCCACGGCUCCUCUUUUUGUUCCGCGUCGCCCAGUAUCAUUGUACCGACUGGCAGAGACAGGAGAAGUAGAUGUCCACGCCCACAGACCCUGGCGCCAUGCCCCACCCAGGGCCUUCACCAGGUCCCGGACCCUCUCCUGGACCAAUUCUCGGACCUAGUCCAGGACCUGGACCAUCCCCAGGUUCCGUCCACAGUAUGAUGGGGCCAAGCCCUGGACCUCCAAGUGUCUCGCAUCCUAUGCCUACAAUGGGAUCUGCCGACUUCCCACAGGAAGGCAUGCAUCAAAUGCAUAAGCCCAUUGAUGGUAUGCACGACAAGGGCAUUGUAGAAGAUAUCCAUUGUGGAUCCAUGAAAGGCACCGGAAUGCGGCCACCUCACCCAGGAAUGGGCCCUCCCCAGAGUCCAAUGGAUCAACACAGCCAAGGUUAUAUGUCACCGCACCCAUCUCCCUUGGGAGCUGCAGAGCAUAUCUCCAGCCCUCUGUCGUCGGGAGGCGGCCCGACCCCGCCCCAGAUGCCGCCGAACCAACCAGGGCCCCUGAUCCAGGGCGAUCCACAGGCGAUGAACCAGCCCAACAGAGGUCCCUCGCCUUUCAGUCCUGUCCAGCUGCAUCAGCUGCGAGCUCAGAUUUUAGCUUACAAAAUGCUGGCCCGGGGCCAGCACCUCCCUGAAACACUGCAGCUUGCAGUCCAGGGGAAAAGGACGUUGCCUGGCAUGCAGCAGCAGCAGCCACCGCCGCAACAGACACAACCGCAGCCCCAGCCGCCGCAGCCGCCGCAGACCCUUGGUAGCUUCAGCAGACCAUCUGGCCCCGGGCCGGAGCUGAGCGGCCCGAGCACCCCACAGAAGCUGCCGGUGCCCGCGCCCAGCGGCAGGCCCUCACCUGCGCCCCCCGCAGCAGCGCAGCCACCCGCGGCCGCGGUGCCUGGGCCCUCCGUGCCGCAGCCGGCCCCGGGGCAGCCCUCGCCCAUCCUGCAGCUGCAGCAGAAGCAGAGCCGGAUCAGCCCCAUUCAGAAACCCCAAGGCCUGGACCCCGUGGAGAUUCUGCAGGAGCGGGAAUACAGACUUCAGGCGCGCAUAGCUCACAGGAUACAAGAAUUAGAAAAUCUGCCUGGCUCUUUGCCACCAGAUUUACGAACCAAAGCAACCGUGGAACUGAAAGCACUUCGGUUACUCAAUUUCCAACGUCAGUUGAGACAGGAGGUGGUGGCCUGCAUGCGACGGGACACAACCCUCGAGACGGCUCUCAACUCCAAAGCGUACAAACGCAGCAAGCGCCAGACCCUGAGGGAAGCCCGCAUGACGGAGAAACUGGAGAAGCAGCAGAAGAUUGAGCAGGAGAGGAAGCGCCGGCAGAAGCACCAGGAAUACCUGAAUAGCAUUUUGCAACAUGCAAAAGAUUUUAAGGAGUACCAUCGCUCUGUGGCCGGGAAGAUCCAGAAGCUUUCUAAAGCCGUGGCAACUUGGCAUGCCAACACUGAAAGGGAGCAGAAGAAAGAGACAGAGCGGAUCGAAAAGGAGAGGAUGCGCAGAUUGAUGGCUGAAGAUGAAGAGGGCUAUAGAAAACUGAUUGAUCAAAAGAAAGACCGGCGUUUAGCUUACCUGUUGCAGCAGACUGAUGAGUAUGUGGCCAACCUGACCAACCUGGUUUGGGAGCACAAACAAGCCCAAGCAGCCAAAGAGAAGAAGAAGAGGAGAAGGAGAAAGAAGAAGGCUGAAGAGAACGCAGAGGGAGGAGAGUCUGCCUUGGGACCAGAUGGAGAGCCCAUAGAUGAGAGCAGUCAGAUGAGUGACCUUCCUGUCAAAGUAACUCAUACAGAAACCGGCAAGGUCCUAUUUGGACCGGAAGCACCCAAAGCAAGUCAGCUGGACGCCUGGUUGGAAAUGAAUCCUGGUUAUGAAGUUGCCCCCAGGUCCGACAGCGAAGAGAGUGAUUCUGAUUAUGAAGAAGAGGAUGAAGAAGAAGAGUCCAGUCGGCAGGAGACCGAAGAGAAAAUACUUCUGGAUCCAAACAGUGAAGAAGUUUCCGAGAAGGACGCUAAGCAGAUCAUUGAGACAGCUAAGCAAGACGUGGAUGAUGAAUACAGCAUGCAGUACAGUGCCAGAGGCUCGCAGUCGUACUACACCGUGGCUCAUGCCAUCUCAGAGAGGGUGGAGAAGCAGUCUGCCCUGCUCAUUAACGGGACCCUGAAGCAUUAUCAGCUCCAGGGCCUGGAAUGGAUGGUUUCCCUGUAUAAUAACAAUUUGAACGGGAUCUUGGCUGAUGAAAUGGGGCUGGGAAAGACCAUACAGACCAUUGCACUUAUCACUUAUCUGAUGGAGCACAAAAGACUCAAUGGCCCCUAUCUCAUCAUUGUUCCCCUUUCGACUCUUUCUAACUGGACAUAUGAAUUUGACAAAUGGGCUCCUUCUGUGGUGAAAAUUUCUUACAAGGGCACCCCUGCCAUGCGUCGCUCCCUUGUACCCCAGCUACGGAGUGGAAAAUUCAAUGUCCUCCUGACUACUUAUGAGUAUAUCAUAAAAGACAAGCACAUUCUUGCAAAGAUUCGGUGGAAAUAUAUGAUCGUGGAUGAAGGCCACCGAAUGAAGAAUCACCACUGCAAGUUGACUCAGGUCUUGAACACUCAUUACGUGGCCCCCAGGAGGAUCCUCCUGACUGGGACCCCACUGCAGAAUAAGCUCCCGGAACUCUGGGCCCUUCUCAACUUCCUCCUGCCCACAAUUUUUAAGAGCUGCAGCACGUUUGAACAGUGGUUUAAUGCUCCAUUUGCCAUGACUGGAGAAAGGGUGGACUUAAAUGAAGAAGAAACUAUAUUGAUCAUCAGGCGUCUACAUAAGGUGUUGAGACCAUUUUUACUGAGGAGACUGAAGAAAGAAGUUGAAUCCCAGCUUCCAGAAAAAGUUGAGUAUGUGAUCAAGUGUGACAUGUCAGCUCUGCAGAAGAUUCUGUACCGCCAUAUGCAAGCCAAAGGGAUCCUUCUCACAGAUGGUUCUGAGAAAGAUAAGAAGGGGAAGGGAGGUGCUAAGACACUUAUGAACACUAUCAUGCAAUUGAGAAAAAUCUGCAAUCAUCCCUACAUGUUUCAGCACAUUGAGGAAUCCUUUGCUGAACACCUGGGCUAUUCAAAUGGGGUCAUCAAUGGGGCUGAGCUGUAUCGGGCCUCAGGAAAGUUUGAGCUACUUGAUCGUAUUCUGCCAAAAUUGAGAGCGACUAAUCACCGCGUGCUGCUUUUCUGCCAGAUGACGUCUCUCAUGACCAUCAUGGAGGAUUACUUUGCUUUUCGGAACUUCCUUUACCUGCGCCUUGACGGCACCACCAAGUCUGAAGAUCGUGCUGCUUUGCUGAAGAAAUUCAACGAACCUGGGUCCCAGUAUUUCAUUUUCUUGCUGAGCACAAGAGCUGGAGGCCUGGGCUUAAACCUUCAGGCGGCUGAUACCGUGGUCAUCUUUGACAGCGACUGGAAUCCUCACCAGGAUCUGCAAGCACAGGACCGAGCUCACCGCAUCGGCCAACAGAACGAGGUCCGGGUACUGAGACUCUGCACCGUGAACAGUGUGGAGGAAAAGAUCCUGGCAGCUGCCAAGUACAAACUGAAUGUGGACCAGAAGGUGAUCCAGGCGGGCAUGUUCGAUCAGAAGUCUUCAAGCCACGAGCGGAGGGCGUUCCUGCAGGCCAUAUUGGAGCAUGAAGAGGAAAAUGAGGAAGAAGAUGAAGUACCAGAUGAUGAGACUCUGAACCAAAUGAUCGCUCGACGAGAAGAAGAAUUUGAUCUUUUUAUGCGUAUGGACAUGGACCGGCGGAGGGAGGAUGCCCGGAACCCAAAGCGCAAGCCUCGCUUAAUGGAGGAAGAUGAGCUGCCCUCCUGGAUUAUUAAAGAUGACGCCGAAGUAGAAAGGCUUACGUGUGAAGAAGAGGAGGAGAAAAUAUUCGGGAGGGGGUCUCGCCAGCGCCGGGACGUGGACUACAGCGACGCCCUCACGGAGAAGCAGUGGCUGCGGGCCAUUGAAGACGGCAAUUUGGAAGAAAUGGAAGAGGAAGUACGGCUUAAGAAGCGAAAAAGACGAAGAAAUGUGGAUAAAGAUCCUGCAAAAGAAGAUGUGGAAAAAGCUAAGAAGAGAAGAGGCCGCCCUCCCGCUGAGAAACUAUCACCAAAUCCCCCCAAACUGACAAAGCAGAUGAAUGCCAUCAUUGAUACUGUGAUAAACUACAAAGACAGGUGUAACGUGGAGAAGGUGCCCAGUAAUUCUCAGUUGGAAAUAGAAGGAAACAGUUCAGGGCGACAGCUCAGCGAAGUCUUCAUUCAGUUGCCUUCGAGGAAAGAAUUACCAGAAUACUAUGAAUUAAUUAGGAAGCCGGUGGAUUUCAAAAAAAUAAAGGAAAGAAUUCGUAAUCAUAAGUACCGGAGCUUGGGCGACCUGGAGAAAGAUGUCAUGCUUCUCUGUCACAAUGCUCAGACGUUCAACUUGGAGGGAUCCCAGAUCUACGAAGACUCCAUCGUCUUACAGUCCGUGUUUAAGAGUGCGCGGCAGAAAAUUGCCAAAGAGGAAGAGAGUGAGGAUGAAAGCAAUGAAGAGGAGGAAGAGGAAGAUGAAGAGGAGUCAGAGUCGGAGGCAAAAUCUGUUAAGGUGAAAAUUAAGCUCAAUAAAAAAGAUGAGAAAGGUCGGGACAAAGGAAAAGGCAAAAAAAGGCCAAAUCGAGGAAAAGCCAAACCUGUUGUGAGCGAUUUUGACAGUGAUGAAGAACAGGAUGAAAACGAACAGUCAGAAGCAAGUGGGACGGAUGAUGAGUGAUCAGUGUGGACCUUUUUUUCCUUAGUAGAACUGAAUUCCUUCCUCCCCUCUCUCAUUUCUACCCAGUGAGUUCAUUUGUCAUAUGGGCACUGGGUUGUUUCUAUAUCGUCAUCAUCUAUAAACUAGCUUUAGGAUAGUGCCAGACAAACAUAUGAUAUCAUGGUGUAAAAAAAAAAAAAAAAA